CGCAGCAGCAGAAGUGUCGCUAUGAGCGAGGAUCGGGACACGGACUCUGUGGAAACGCCGUCAGAUGUGGAUGUGUGUUACACGGUGUUUGAAGGCUCCUCGCAGGAGGAUGUCGCUCACGCCAAGGUGUUCUGGAGCUCCCUGUAUUUACAGCCACCCAUCGAGUCCAGCUUAGUGUCCGUGGACGUGUCUCAGCGUCUGAAGGUAGCCAAGGACCCGCAAUGCAAGCCCAGCAAUAAUCUGCCCAAACAGCCACCAUGGUUCAACAGCAACGGGAUCCUUCAGAAGGCUUACCAGCUACAGAUGCAAGAUGAAAAGCAGAGAUAUCUGAAAAUGGCGAAAAGGCAUGACGAGAUCUUGAAUCUCUUAAAGAAGCAAAGAGAAGAUCGGAUUAAGAAAGAAAUGGUAUCCCGUCUGCACAAGCCAAGUAGACCUGAGUCGACCGAGAGGCUGGCUUGCAAGGCUCCUCCUGAGGUUCUGCAUCAGGACAUAAAGGAAGUGCGAGAACUCUUAUAAAGGAGGCCACCAGUCUUCUGAAAUGUGGAACCUCGGAUUGCAAGAAAUGCAGUUUGCGAGUGUUGCGAAGGACGGGCAAAGAUAUUUAAUAAAUUUUGACCUUGAAAACAAGCAAGUCUUGGAGCAUCAUGUAGCACGCAUGCGCUUUUUGUUUUGAUGCCGAGUGUCACGUGAUCACAAGUGAGCCAAUGUUUUUUCUCUCCCUUGCGCUGUGGAAUUGUGGGUAAUUAUCUCCCCUGCUGGGUCUUAGUGCGCGUCUCUCACUGGUAUAAUCAACACCCUUGCCCACGUGUACUGCGUAUGCUU